AUGUUGACCGUGGAGAAGCAAUGGAUUAAUGUCCAGCAAAAGACAUUCACAAAAUGGUUAAACUCCAAGCUCAAGAUCCGGAACAUCGCCAUAAAUGACUUGGUGGAAGACCUUUCAGAUGGAGUUAUCCUCAUUCACAUCCUCGAGAUACUUGGGAACGAGUCAUUGGGCCGAUAUGCUUCAAAGCCAAAGCUUCGAGUGCAGAAGUUUGAAAAUGCGAACAAAUGUCUCGACUUUAUCAAGGGGAGGGGGAUACAGAUGACCAACAUUGGUGCAGAAGAUAUCGUUGACGGAAACAGGAAGAUAAUUCUCGGCCUGAUAUGGACGCUCAUUCUGCGAUUCACGAUCAGCGAUAUCAAUGAGGAGGGCAUGACAGCAAAGGAGGGACUGUUGCUAUGGUGCCAACGGAAAACUGCUUGUUAUCCGGGCGUGGAAGUAAGGGAUUUCUCCUCGAGCUGGAACGAUGGAUUGGCGUUUUGCGCACUGCUGGAUAUCCAUCGGCCCGACCUAAUCGAUUUCGACGCUCUAGACAAGACCGAGCAUAAGAAGAACAUGCAGUUGGCAUUUGAUAUUGCAGCAGAGCAUAUUGGCAUUCCGGAUUUGCUUGAUGUAGAGGACGUGUGCGAUGUUGCAAAGCCAGACGAACGCUCUCUUAUGACGUACAUUGCCUACUGGUUCCACGCCUUCUCACAGCUUGAGAAGGUAGAGAACGCCGGUAGACGUGUGGAGAAGUUCGUCCAGAACAUGCAGGGAGCAUGGGAGAUGCAAAACUCCUUUGAGCGCCGGAUGAGAGCUUUGUUGAAGAACAUUGCUGCUCAGCAGGAAAAAUGGCUUAACUCAACAUUUGCAGGCACAUACGCAGAUGCCAAAGAGCAAGCCAGCGAGUUUGCAGCGUACAAAAAGAACCAGAAGCGCGAAUGGGUUGCUGAGAAGUCUGACCUUGCUGCCCUCCUGGGAAAUAUCAAGACAAAGCUAAGCACCUACCGUCUGCGAGCCUAUGACCCACCACCAGAACUACGUCUGGAGGUCUUGGACGACGAAUGGGCCAGUUUAACUACUUAUGAGCACAAGCGAAGCCAGUUGAUCAAUGAAACUAUUCGUGAUAUCAAAAAUGCCCUUCGGCGAUCGUUUGCAGACAAGGCUAAUGAUUUCGCUCUAACCUUGAACACGCUCUCACUGGCCAUCUCAGGUCUCGAGGGAGACGUUGAAGAUCAAUUAACGCACGUUCAGCGGCUUAGUGAUAACCUUCCUCCCUUAGAUGCCUUCCUCGAUACUAUAGAGGACCUCGAUGAGCAGUGCGAGGAAGCUAACAUUGAAGAGAAUGACUUUACUACCUACACCUUUGAAGAGCUCUCCUAUGAAUUGAGCCUUGUCAAAUCCAGUGUAGCGAAGAAGCUAGCGUUCUUAGAAAACCAGAUGGUUGCUCGAAAUAUGACCAAUCUAACCCCAAUACAGCUGGAAGAGUUUGAGUCUGUAUUCAGACACUUUGACCGAGACUCUACAAACACGCUGCAUGAAAUAGAAUUCUCGGCAGCACUGGCUAGUUUAGGAUUGGUGUACGAUGAAGAUGAGAUGCAUGAGGUCUUCGUGGAGACCUGCGGCCCCAGCCGUCUAGAGAGAAACGCCGGUGUCAGCUUUGAACAGUUCAUUCGGUUCAUGGUCAGCGUUACUGAAGAUCAAAACACAGCAGAACAGGUCCUUCAGAGUUUCAAGGAGGUAGCUGACGGGAAGCCAUAUGUGACAGAACUUGACCUCCGGCAUUCUCUAAUACCGGAUGAACUUAUCGACAACCUAGUAGAGUCGAUGCCCAAGCAUACGGGGCCUGACCUCCUGGAAGACAGGGAUGUCCCAAAGUACGACUACAUGACCUUUAUGGAGCACAUGAUGAACAGCGGCCGUGGUAACGAUGUUGGGACCAAUCACACCAAAUAA